UAAAAAGAAAGAAACAAAAAAAAUGAAAAGAAGGAAGAAAGGUUUUUGCAAUGCAGCAUUUGAUCAUUUGAGUGAUUGAAUGGGGGGAAAUGGAAUCAGUGAUGAGGGGGAAAUGGAGGAGUCUCUCCUCUCCACCUUCGACCUUAUCUGCCAGGAUUUCAAGAGCGGAGUGGUCGAGAUCCAGGUGCUGAAAUCCGAUUGUAAUGGAGAAAUCAAAAAGCGCGAAGCUCUUCAACUCUCUCUCAACACUCUCAAACGAGAAAAUGAGAGACUUACGAAGCUCUACACAGAAUAUUUAAACAAUAUAGUUGAUCAGGUGGAACAUCGUACUGCGUGCCAGAGCUUAAAGGAGCAAUUGAAGAGAUUGAAUGAUCAGGGGCAAAGUGAGGCUGUGGAAUUGAUCAAGCAAGAACAUGCUAAAAAGAUUGCAGACUUGGAAGCCCAUAUCAGAAUCCUCCUAGUUGAAAAGGCAACAAAUGAAGCAACUGUGAAUCACCUUCGGCAGGAUUUAGAAGCUCACAGAACCCACAUCAACUAUCUAGCUACCAAAUUGGAUGGAGUCCAAUUAGACCUCGAAUCUAAAUAUAAACUUGAGAUUCAAGCUGUGAAGGAUUGUAUAACGGCUGAACAAGAGGAGAAAACUGAGUCGAAUGAGAAGCUGCAGCAUUUGGAAAAGGAAUUGUUGGUAUGCAGAUCAAAGCUAGUUCAGCAGCAACCAUAUCUGACAUCAGGUUCACGUGUUGGAAUGCUUAAAAAGACGAACAUAGAGCCAAAGAAGGAAAAUAAGAUCCUAAAAAGGAAGCUUGUUUGCACAGAAAAGGACUAGAGGAAGAUGGCUGCCACAUUCCGAUUGCCAUUCUUGCUGUUCGGUUUCACCCCUUUAGACGAUGACUUUACUCGUUGUAAAACACGAGAUUUCUCACUAUGCUGCUGUAUCUGCUUUAUUGUUAAGUUUUUUACCCUUUUUUUUUUCGGAGCUCCUUAUAUACCUUUCUAUAGAUCUUUUUUAAUGUUGCUUUGAAAAUUUUAUCCACCAAAAGAGCA